AACGAGGUGAACAACGAGACAAUACAUAAUAAUCGUUGGAAAAAAAUCAUUAUCGUCAAAUGAAAGAUAAUAACAACAUGUAUUCACGUUUUGACCUUACUCUCUCUAUAUAAACGAAGGAUAACACAACGGAAACUAUUCAUUCAUUAACCAAAGAAAAAACAAAGAAACAAACUUCACUCUCAAUACCUAAAGAAGAGAGAAAGAUGGCGACGUCAGGAACAUAUGUGACGGAGGUUCCGUUGAAAGGAUCGGCGGAGAAACACUACAAGCGGUGGAGAAAUGAGAACCACCUCUUCCCCGACGCCAUUGGCCACCACAUCCAAGGUGUCACCGUCCACGACGGCGAAUGGGACUCUCAUGGAGCCAUCAAGAUUUGGAACUACACAUGCGAUGGGAAACCGGAAGUGUUCAAGGAGAGGAGAGAGAUAGACGAUGAGAAUAUGGCGGUCACGUUUAGAGGUCUCGAAGGUCACGUUAUGGAGACUCUUAAGGUGUAUGACGUCAUAUUUCAGUUCAUUCAAAAGUCGCCUGAAGAUAUCGUCUGCAAGGUCACUAUGAUCUGGGAGAAGCAAACCGAUGACUCGCCUGAGCCCAUCAACUACAUGAAGUUCGUCAAGAGCAUGGCUGCUGACAUGGACAACCACGUCCUCGAAGCCUAAAUAAGUAAAUAUAUCACCACCGUUAUAUAUGGCUGCCUUUGUGCGUGUGUGUGUGUACGCUCGUGUGAAAUCAAUAUAAAUAAAUGGGGCUCUUGCAUGGUGAUUUUCAUUAUUUACUAUUACUGCUUAAUUGGUUUUGUAACCUGCUUUGAUGUUGUUAAUUUUGG